AUGUGGCAUUGGAUACCGGCGAAUACAGGGCAUUACAGUAGGCCAGCGAUUCCGCCUCCGUACGUGCGCUAUGAUAUGGGAAACGUUACAGCGCCUCAUCGGAGGAACGAGUAUGUGCCGCCCAUCCCGCCCCGCAACUAUGCGACCCCGCCGCCGCUGCCUCCAAGACCUAGGGACGAUUUUACUAACGCUGAUACCUCAACAGCUAAAAACGACAUGUCGAACCUAUUUUCUGCCCCUCUAUCUACUGAUGCCCCUCUCAGCGAGUUUAAGCGGGUGCAGCACGAAGUGAAACUACUUCCCGGUGUACAUAAGGACGAUAAGCCAGUGCCUACCAACAAGUUCUAUGCGAACAUGCUUGUAGCGGACCAAACGCUUCCGAUCUGGACGCAGCCCUACUCACUCUGGUUGGACCAGGAGAAGUCUUACGUGGGAAUGGCGAUUUCGCAGAUCAGGGCUGAUCAACGUGUCUUUGACACGCACAACAAGCCUCCGCGGUUCUUCUUUGCCCCACGUGGGAUUAGAUCCUUUGUGUUCAGUGCCACUGAGUUCAACUCUUCAAAUGCGGCGAGCUUGGACAUGCGCGACUUGAAGCACUUAUCUGCUCAGGCCCGGCUAGCCAAAUCUGAUCAUGAGUAUAUCCAGUUUCCGCUAGUCCAGGGUAUGGGGUUUGUUACCGCCAUCUAUUACAAUCUAGUUCCAAAGCUAUAUUCGCCUGUGGGAUUUAGGUCCAUACAAGGCCAGACGUCACCACGCAGUGGGAUAAACAAAUACCGGGUGCAGCUACAUGACAAUGUUACCUGGACGCUCUAUGUGUCUGUUCCACAGGGCCAGUCCCUAACAUUGUCGCUACAGAAUGGUGCCAUCGUCGGUGACAAGGGUGUUAACGGAUGUGUCUUCCAGAUCGUAUCCAGCACCGAAGAUGCCAUCGAUCGUGCAGCUGGCUGCUAUCCAGUUGAUGGCUCCUUGACUGGAUCUAUCGACGGAUCGAACGGUACUUACACUUUGACGUACAGCACACGCGGUUCGUCAAACGGUGGUACCACGUUGAUGUAUGCGUUGCCCCACCACGUGGAAUAUGCGACCGGCAAAACCACUGGCAAGAUAAACUCCACCCUAGCCUCCACUGUGCUUGGAAACAUGCAAGGUUAUUUGACGAAUGUUAUUGAGGCCAAGGUGCCAAUUGCGUCAGGCUUGAGUUUUGACCCUUUCACAACCAUUCCAGACAAAAUGGGCCCACAGUACUCGGAUAGUGUAAAGCAAAAAAUUCGCGAAGCAGCUGACAAGGAGGUCAACAACGAUGUAUCUAGAGAAUCGGACCUUGACUCCAUGUAUUACUCUGGCAAAAUUCUAUUGAAAUACGCAUGGAUUUUGUAUGUCUGUCAGUAUAUUUUACAUGACGGCGAUAAAGUGUCAAAGCUAAUGCCAAAAUUGAAGGAUGCCAUUCAGCGCUUCAUCUCUAACAGACAACAAUUGCCUUUGAACUACGAUACCACCUGGAACGGUAUAAUAUCUUCUGGUACAAUCUACCAAGAUUUUGGUAAUCCCUACUACAACGAUCACCACUUCCACUAUGGAUACCACGUCGCUGCGGCUGCCAUCUUGGCCAAGGUCGACGCCGAUGCUGGCGACGGUAAAUGGCUAGCUGCAAACAAGAGCUGGGUGGAAAACUUAAUCAGGGACUACGCUAAUCCUCACGAGGAUGACAAGUACUUCCCAGUGUUCCGUUCUUUCGACUGGUUUACAGGCCACUCUUGGGCAAAGGGUGUCUUCGAGAGUGGUGACGGUAAGGACCAAGAGUCUAGCUCCGAAGAUGUCAAUGCUGCCUAUGCCCUCAAGCUUUGGGGCCAGGUGACUAACAACAGCAAGCUAGCCGGGAUCGGCGACUUGAUGAUCGGUAUUUUGCGCACGUCUCUGAACCAUUACUUCCUCUACCUAGAUGACAACAGAACGAUGCCUGCCGCCUUCAUAAAGAACAAGGUCAGCGGGAUUCUCUUCGACAACAAGGUCGACCACGCCACCUACUUCGGCGCGGAACCCCAGUACAUCCACAUGAUCCACGCUAUCCCUAUCAUCCCCGCGUCGUCCUUUGUCCGCUCACCUAAAUUUGUCCGCGAAGAGUGGGACCAGAAAUUGUCCUCGAUCGUUGACGAAGUAGAUGAUGGCUGGAAAGGUCUCUUGAUGCUCAAUCUCGCCUUGACCGAUCCACAGGCUUCUUACAAGUUCUUCAGUGACAACAGCUUCCAGGAUAAGUACUUGGACAACGGACAGAGCAGAACCUGGUCCCUAGCGUACUCCGGUGCCUUCUUAUAA